AUGAAGCAAAAGAGGGGCGAGCCCAAAAAGGGCAACAAGGGACAAUCGAACGGGUGUAUGAGUUCGCAGAAGGUUUUUAAAUCGUUGGAGAGCGUGCGAAAGGAGAAACUGAAAAAGCUGCAGGACAAAUUCGAGCAGUGUGGUCUUGAAGAGAUUAAGGAGGCGGCGGAUGCUUCUGGUGUGUUUGAAGAAGAUCAGAAGAAAUGUAAUGAAAAAAGUACAGGAUCGGACUCGAUGGCAAGUGCAAGGAAGUCAUUCGCGAGUGAAUUGCGCCGCGCUAUAAAUGAUUCGGAUGUGGUUAUUGAAGUUUUGGAUGCACGAGAUCCCAACGGUUAUCGAUCUAAAGCGGUUGAGGAAAUGGUGGUGAAUAGUGGCAAGACUUUGGUGUUGUUGAUAAACAAGAUAGAUUUGGUUCAAGACGUCGCUGUGGUGGAGCGGUGGGAGUCUUAUUUGAAGCAGUCCUAUCCAGUGUGCACAUUCCGUGCAGCGACUACUGCAAGUCGAAGCAAAAAUUCCACAGUCAAGUUUGAUAAGAACAAGGCUACUAGGGCGAGUAGAAAGGUUCUAGAAUCCGGAUAUAAUCCCCUGGGUGCUAGUGACUUAAUGAAAUUACUCAAUAACUACACCCGUGUAGGGGGUCAGAAAGCCGCAACUUCUGACCCUACACGCACUACAACCGUUAUGGAGGAUACAACCGUUAUGGAGGAUACAACCGUUAUGGAGGAUACAACCGUUAUGGAACAAGAAACAAUGGAAAGGAAGGGAGAAGCCCUUUUCAAGCCCAUCGUGGUGUCCAUCGUGGGCAUGCCAAACGUCGGCAAAUCCAGCAUCAUAAACUCUCUCUUACGGAAUACAAACCGUGUCAAAACUGGUAACCAGCCUGGUAUCACGAGGCAAAUGCAGGCUGUCAAAUUGACAUCGAAAAUUAAACUGCUAGACACACCCGGCGUCGUUAUGGAAGAAUCUUCAGUCAAUGCUGGUAACGUGUUACGCAGCUGCGUUAAGGAAUUUACCAGCGAACUCGGCGAACAAGCGGUACGAUUGCUGCUAAAGAACCCUGUUUCUCGACAGUCAAUGUUCGAACUUUACGGCAUCAAGGUGGAGUGCGAUCCUAAUGCCGAUGUGACCGAAGAGGAUGUCACCACUUUCCUCGCACACGUGUGCGAUCACCGGAAAUUAGUAAGGAAAGGUGGACAACGCGAUCUUACCACCGCAACACGAGUUAUCAUUGAUGCGUGGAACAAUGGUUUAAUAAAGGGCUGGUGUGAACCGCCAGGUUUAAUCACGCCUGGGCUAUCUCGAUCGGCAAAAACCACACCAACUUCUUGUACUAGUGCUAUUGAAAUCGUCGCCCGACCCACCCCUGCACUCGACCUCGAUAAUCUUUAG